GUCCCGGUUCCCGGUCUCCCUUGUCCCGGGCGGGCAUGGCGGACGAGGGCGCGGUCACGGUCUGCGUGCGUGUGCGGCCGCUCAUCGCCAGAGAAAAUGCUUCAGGAGAUAAAGUGUCCCUGCAUUGGAAGAGCGAAAAUAAUACUGUUUCCGACGUGAAUGGUACCAAAAUAUUUAGUUACGAUCGUGUCUUUCACUCCAGUGACAACACUCAGCAGUUAUAUGAUGGUGUAGCUGUUCCAAUUAUACAGUCAGCUGUGCGAGGUUAUAAUGGCACAAUUUUUGCUUACGGACAGACUGCUUCAGGGAAGACUUACACAAUGAUGGGAAAUGAAGAUUCUGUGGGCAUUAUCCCUAAGGCAAUUCAACAUGUUUUCAAAAUUAUUUGUGAGAUCCCAGAUAGAGAAUUCUUGCUAAGAGUUUCUUACAUGGAAAUCUAUAAUGAAACCAUUACAGAUUUACUUUGUGAUAGUAGGAAAAAGAAGCCUCUGGGAAUUCGUGAGGACUUUAAUAGGAAUACAUAUGUAGAAGAUCUGAUUGAAGAAGUAGUGGUUGCCCCAGAACAAGUUAUGGAAUGGAUAAGAAAAGGAGAAAGAAAUCGUCAUUAUGGAGAAACAAAAAUGAAUGAACACAGCAGCCGUUCUCACACGAUCUUCAGAAUGAUCAUUGAAAGCAGAGAACGAAGUGACCCUGCAAAUGCAAACUGUGAUGGAGCAGUCAUGGUUUCCCACUUGAACUUGGUAGAUCUGGCAGGCAGCGAAAGAGCUAGUCAAACAGGAUCUGAAGGUGUCCGAUUGAAAGAAGGCUGCAAUAUAAAUCGGAGCUUGUUCAUUCUGGGUCAAGUUAUCAAAAAACUUUGUGAUGACCCUUCUGGCUUCAUAAAUUACAGAGACAGCAAGCUGACUCGAAUUCUGCAGAACUCCCUUGGAGGAAAUGCUAAAACUGUUAUUAUUUGUACAAUUACUCCAGUUUCUUUUGAUGAAACACUCAGUACUCUUCAGUUUGCCAAUACAGCCAAAGGAAUGAAGAAUACACCAAAAGUCAAUGAAGUACUUGAUGAUAAUGCCCUCCUGAAGAGAUACCGAAAAGAAAUUGUGGACUUGAAAAAGCAGCUGGAGGAAGUGUCUGUAAAGACUCAAAUUCAUGCAAUAGAAAAGGACCAAUUGGCCCAGCUGCUGGAAGAAAAAAAUUCUCUCCAGAAAGUACAGGAAGACAAGAUACGAAAUUUAACUGAGAUGCUGGUGACCGCUGCUUCCUUUGCCUCAAAAGACAAUGUUAAAGCCAAGAGAAGAAGAAGAGUUACUUGGGCUCCUGGUAAAAUAAAACAGGCAAAUGUGAGCUAUUUUGAAGACUUCGAAAAAGAUAUGCCGACUGAAACAAAAAAAAUGAAAAUGUCUCUGUCAGCAUUACCAGAUGCAGAUGAUUCUAUGUUAGAUAAUUCUGAAUGUGAUAACCAGUAUCUGAUGGUUCCUGAUCAAAUUUCAGAAGUAGAAUGGAUCGCUGGACCUAAAAUGACUUGGACUCAAAAAGACUUUGAAGAAUCUGUGCAACUCUGUGAAGCGAUAGCACUUGAAAAGGAUAUUGCUGUAAAUAAGGCCAGCGUCCUGCAAGCUAACCUGGAUAACCUAGUGUUGGAAAAUGAGCAGUUGAAAUUAGAAAUAAAUGAAAUAAAGGAGAAACUGAAGGAAAAAAAAGAAAUAGAUGAAUUUGAAGCACUGGAAAAACAAACUCAAAAAGAUCAUGAGAUACAACUAAUGCAUGAAAUUACCAACUUAAAGAAUCUAGUUUCAAAUUCUGAAGCAUACAAUGAGGAACUUAAGGCAGAAAACAAUUCCAAAUCGGAACAGCUGAAAGAGAAAGACAACAAAAUAAAGAUAUUACAGAAUCUUGUGGAAGAAUUACAAAAAGCAAGAGUGGAAAAAGAGCUAUCUUUUUCAGUGGGAGAUUCUGAUAAGCUAGUUGAGGAAAUUCAGCAGCUGAAUAAAUCCCUCUUAGAUAGUGAAGCCAUAGCCUUGGAUGCCAAAAAAGAAUCUGCUUUUCUCAGAACCGAAAAUUUGGAGCUGAAGGAGAAGAUGAAUGAACUCUUAAAUAAUCACAACCAAAUGCAAAAGGAUGUUCAAAUAUAUCAAAGCCAAAUAGAAGCGGGAAAAGCCAGUUACCGAAAAAUGCAAGCUGACUUGCAGAGAGAGUUGCAAUCUGUAUUUCAAGAAAACUUAAGACUAACUUCACUCAUGGAGGGUAAAGUUCCAAAAGAUUUGCUCACUCCUAUGGAGCUGGAAAAAAAGGCAGCUGACUUAAAAGGAGAAUUAGAAAAAGCUUUGGAAGAGAAUGCACUUCUACAAAAACAAGUAAACGAGCUAUCAGAAUUUCAGUCUCUACCAAAUACUGUGGAGAUGCAGAAGAAAGAGAUCCUCGAAAAAUGUGAGGAGUUAUGUUCAUUAAAAUUGGAAAAUGAAAAGCUGCUUUCUGAAGUAGCUGAUAAUGAAAUUAAACUUAAACACAUGACUGAAGAAAUUGAAAAAUCAAAAGACGAUCUAGCAGAUGCACAACUGAAAUAUAUGAAGUCUGAUCAAGAAUAUGUGGCACUUAAACAGCUCCAUGAAGAAAUGGAACAAAAAUACAUAGCUACAUCAGAAAAUAAUGAAAAAAUGAAGCUCCAAAUAGAAUGUCUUUCUAAAGAAGCACAAGAGUCUAAAACAACUCUGGAUGAAAUUAAAUUAGAGCUCUCGAGCAAAAUGAAAGAACUGGAAGAAAAAACAGCAGAACAAAAACAACUUCUUGAGCUAAGAGAAGAUUUUAUUCGGACUCAGCAGAAGUUAAAUGAAAUGGAGCAAUUAAAAGUGGAAGAAAGGAUGAGUGAAUUGAGACUGGAAGCUAAGGAUUCAGAGAUCCAGGCAGUUCUUCAGCAGCUAACUGAAUGUCAGGAAGAAAUAAAAACUCUAACCCAGGAAAAAGAUGACCUGAAGCAAAAAGCAGAGUCUCUCCAAGCUGAGACAGACCAACUCAAAGAGGAUAUAAAGGACACUGUUUCAAUGAAUAUCUUGGCACAUGAAGAACUGAGAAAUACGCAAAGUUCUCUCAAGCAAUCCCAGGCCACUGUCAAGAAGUUGGAAAAAUAUAUUUCUGAAAACGAAUCUCAUGUUUUGAGUGUUGAAGAGGCACUAGGAAAGACCAUUAAAGAACUCGAAACACAGAUCUCACAAAUGACAGAAGAAAUGAAAGUCAUCAAAUCAGAGAGAGAUCAGCUUGCUGAGGAAAAAUCAGAAAGUCAUAGCUGGAGAGAAAGUGAUCAGCUUCAGGAGCAAAAGGAACAAAUCAUUUUCCUUACACAAGAGAACCGCUCAUUGCAAGAGAAGCUGGACAGUUUACAUCUGAAAAAAGAGGCUGGGGAAGGAACUUGGGUACCACAGGUCCAAGAAAAAUCUCUUGAGCAAGAGUUACUUGUUCUGAGAGAAGAGCUCAGCCAGGCACAAAGGAAAUUGUAUGAAAUGGAGGAAGUGAAGGCCAGUGAAUACCAGGGAGAAUCUGAUAAAAUAGGGAGAAGAGAUUUUAUUCCAAAACUGCAUGACUGUCAGGAAGUGAGCACCCAGACAGAAAGAGAAGAGGAUGAUCUUAAAAUGCAACUGGAAAAUCUCCAGAACGAGAGAGACCAGCUAAGAGAAACUGUACAGGAGACAAUACGAAAGAAUUCAGAGAUGCAGAAGGAGUUGCAGUGUACUCACAGAUCUCUUGGACAACAUCAGGAGACUAUUGUGGAGCUGAAAGAAAACAUUUCAGAGAAAGAAAAUCAACUCUCGAAAGCGCAAGAGGCAUUGAAGGAACAAACUGAUGAACUGCAGCAGAAGCUCACUGAAGUAACUGAAAGGCUGACUCAUGUCUCAUCUGAAUAUGGCAAGCUACUGGCAGAAAAAGAACAAAUUGAAAGGACAAUGAAUGAGCAAGUUUGUCAGCAGCUUGAGAAAAUCACUGUACUUAGUAAGGAGAAAGAUGAGCUGCAACAAAUGGUGGAGACUUGUAAAGAAAGGGAAGAACAUUUGUUAAAGGUCCAGAGACGGUCAGAGAUUUUGGAGGACAGCCUUACAAGCAAGAUUCAACAGUUAACUGACACACUAAAUAGUGUAUCAUGUGAAAAAGACCAGUUAUUAGCUGAAAGAACUAGUCACUCUUUCCAACUUAGAGAACAAAUUGCAUCAGUUAAUCGAGAAAAAGAUGAGCUACAAAAACUUCUUCAGGAACAAAUUGCAUCAGUUAAUCGAGAAAAAGAUGAGCUACAAAAACUUCUUCAGGAACAAAUUGCAUCAGUUAAUCGAGAAAAAGAUGAGCUACAAAAACUUCUUCAGGACGUCAGGACUGAGCGGGACCAGCUCAAGACAGAAUUGCAAAGAAAUUGUGAGAUGUGUGUUGAAACAAAUGCAAAACUGGAACGUGCUUUAGACCAACUGAAGCAGAGAAACCUGAAUGAUAUGUCCAUUCAGGUAAACUCAGUGGUUAUUGCAGAGCAGGUGGCUGAUGACAGCCUGAAGGAAAAAAGCUUGAACAUUAAGGAGCUUCUUGAGAAAUUCUCAAAUAUGGGGAAGAGGUGUGAAUGCCUCUCUACAGUGUCUCUUAAGCUGAAGAGUGAACUGAAUAGUCAGAAAGCACUGAUAGCUGUGAUACUGCCUCAGCUUUCCUUGGUACAGAGUAAACAAGUCAAAAGACUUCAAACUGAAAAUGAGAAACUAAACGGUCAUCUCCAGAGUUUAUUGAACAAACUGAAGUUUAUGUUCAGUCGUGUUUGCACAAAGAAAAGAGACUAUCAUACUACUGUUAACAAAUAUAAAAUGGAAUUGCUUGAGGAAAAGAGAAGACAAGAUCAUCUACAAGCCGAGAUUCAGUAUCUCAGGAAGAUUCAUUUGAACCAGAAUGAAAUACCGUCUCAAGAAUUAAACAUCAGUGAAGGGCUGCAGAGUUUCCACUUGGAUGCAGAGAGCAUUCUCAAAGACGUAUCAGAAAUGGAAAGUGAACUUCUCUGUAUAGAGGCAGAAUUACAGCAGCAAGAAAGUGCUAGAAAAGAAACAGUACAGUUCUGGGAAGCUUGUUCAGGAACUCACUGUAAUGCAGAGGAACUGGAAGAAGAGUUAAAGAAAGAUACUGAAAGGCUUUUGCAAGUCAUUAACUUCUGGACUCCUAAAGUAAAGAUGCUCCUUCAGCUUUCUUCAGAACUGGAUGCCAGAACUUCCAAUGACAGUAAAAAUGCUGAUGUUGAAUUGAAACAGAGAAAAGAGAAAAAUGAAGAGUUGCUUCAGGAUCUAAACACUCUAAAAGAAAAACUGGCCCCUGAUAGCUCUGCCAGUCUCAUGUUAAAAGAAGAAAACUAUAGGCUUCAUAAUAAAUUAAAGGCUGCAGAACAAGAUGUAAAGGCUAUGGAAGUAAAAAUUCAGAAGUUGGAAAAUGUAAUAAAUGAAGUAGGAGAAAAUGUCAAAGAGAAAGAUGACAGAAUAAACAAGUUACAAGCACAGAUAAGUAUAAAAACAGAGACAAGUGAGCUCACCCAAUUGCAAGCCAAACUGAAUGAGAUGGAUAAGUGCCUCAGGACUGCCUUAACAGAGAAUCAGAGUCUUCAGGCAAAAUUAGAUAAAGGUUCUGAGUUGUACAAAGAAGAAAUUGAUCAUCUCAAAACACAAUUGGUAAAAUGUGAUAUGGAAAGAAUGAAACAAUCCAACUUUUUUGAAAUGAAACUUGCUAAUUAUAAAGCUCUGUCAGAACACCGAGAACAAGAGUUAACAAAGCUAAAAGAAGAACUCAGAAGAGCACACCAAGACCAAGAUGUUACUGUGCUGAAAGAAGCAGCUCCUCAGGAAUCCCAAAUACCCCUUACUUGUGGUGGUGGCAGUGGUAUUGUGCAGAGCACACAAAUACUCGUGCUAAAAUCUGAGCAAGCUAAGAUACAGAAAGAAAACUUGCACCUGAAGAAACAAAAUGACCUUCUACUAAGUAAUGAGCGUCAGCUGAAAGAGGAACUCAGGAAAUGGAAAGAAAGAGCACUAAAAUGGAGAGAACGAUCCUCAAGAGAAAAUACUCGAGAGACAAUACGACAGUCUCCAAAAAAGACAGUAUCAUAUUUCUUUAAAGAACAAAUGCUUUCGCCCUCCAAGGAACCUGUUUCUCAGGAAAUUGUGACUCAGGACCUAUCAAAACCUCUGCCACUGAGUUGUCCAACAAAUUUCUUUGAUAAUUCCAACCUCGGUAUGCUAACAGAUACGUGUCCUGCGGCCACACAGUCCACAGAAGAACAUCUUAAGCACUUGUUUGGGACUUCAGACAAAGAUAAGGCCCCUGAUUGUAGCACCCAGUAAAGGUGCUGUGUUGGAAGCUGCCUUUGCAGUGGCUACAGCCAGAAUCUGCAUAUACAAAAGAUAAUUGCUUCAGAUUAAAAGCCAUCAGCCUCUUCCAUCCUUGCUGUCUUGGAGUUGCUACUUCCCACGAUUGGGAAACUGGAAUUUGAGGUCAAAAAUGGAAAAGUAGUCAUGAUGUCCACAACCUGCUUAUCUGAUGAUGUUCUACUUUGGUGUUUUGAUGUUGUGGGGGGUUUUGAUGGCAAAGAAAGAAAAGAUACUAUAUUGAAGAAAAAAAUGGAAAUGGAUCAUAAACUAACCUACUGUGAAAGUUCUCAGUCUUAAACUUUUCAUUCUGUCAUUCCUAAAACAGCCCUCUUCUGGACGGUUGAUAUUUGUAUCUUCUGAUUGCUGUUGACUUGGAAAGAAAUAUUCUUUUUGUUUCUCAGCAUGUGGUUUUUAUACCAUGCUUUCUCUAAGUCCCCAGAAACUGCAUUUUCACUACAAUCUGCAACUGAAGUUACUAAUUUUCUGUUUAUAGAGCACACAAUCAGGGUUCCUCUUAAACUCCUUAGAAUGUUUCUGCAGCUCAACCAAUUAUGAUACCAAGAGUAACUUUGAAUUUUGGACCAUCUUUCAAUAUAUCUGUUUGAAGUUAUGUAUUGGAGGUUUUUUUUAAUAGUAAGCAAUGGACUUAAUGCUCUUCUGCUACUCUUGUGAAUUAAAUGUAGACCAGAUCAUUCGUGCAAGAUGGACUCUCUUACUAGCCUACUUAUCUGUAUUGUGAGAAUGUUGUUAUGUAUGUUUUAUAUAAGAAAGUUUGACAAUAAACUUUCAUGUGUUAAGUAUUUAAAGUU